UUUCAGGUCCCGUCAAAAUUUCCGUCUAGUUGCAAUGUUGUAAUGUGAAUCCAGGAUGCAGUCCCGCCAAAACUCCAGUUCCGGGCUUUUGAUGGUCGGCCCCAACUUCCGCGUGGGCAAAAAAAUUGGAAGUGGCAAUUUUGGGGAACUACGUCUGGGCAAAAACCUCUACAACAACGAACACGUGGCGAUCAAACUGGAGCCGAUCAAGACCAAAGCGCCGCAGCUCCAUCUGGAGUACCGCUUUUACAAGAUACUCGGCACCAACGAGGGCAUACCUAAGGUGUACCAUCUGGGGACUUGCGGGGGUCGAUAUAACGCGAUGGUGAUGGAAUUGUUGGGUCCUAGUCUGGAAGAUUUGUUCACGUUGUGCAAUAGGAGGUUUCGGUUGAAGACUGUGUUGAUGAUAGCGGAUCAGUUGUUGACUAGGAUAGAGUAUGUGCAUAGCAAGAGGUUGAUUUUUAGGGACAUUAAGCCGGAGAAUUUUUUGUUGGGGAGGACGAAGACGAAGAAGGAGAAGAUUAUACACAUUAUUGAUUUUGGGUUGGCGAAGGAGUAUUUGGAUGAGAAUACGAACAGGCAUAUACCAUACAGAGAGCACAAGUCCCUAACCGGUACCGCCCGCUACAUGAGCAUCAACACCCACCUCGGCCGUGAGCAGUCCCGUCGCGACGACCUCGAAGCCAUCGGGCACAUGUUCAUGUACUUUUUGCGCGGCUCUCUGCCUUGGCAGGGCCUCAAAGCCGACACUCUGAAAGAGCGCUACCAGAAGAUCGGCGAGACGAAGCGAACCACCCCCAUAGAGACCCUCUGCGAGGGCCACCCCGAGGAAAUGGCGACCUACUUGCGUUACGUGCGUCGAUUAGACUUUUUCGAAACUCCGGACUACGAAUACUUGAAAAAAAUGUUUAAAGAUUUGUACAAGGAGAAAGGCUACCAAGACGAUGGAAUCUUCGACUGGUCAGACCGGUUAAUUUGGUUAAGUGGCCGAGAAAGGAAGUUCAGUGACACAAAAUAUUAUUUCAGCAAGCAUAUUACUCCCAGCGCUACGAGUGAUGGUUGACUCCACCGUCGGCGACCGCUCUUGUCAAAGAAUGAAACUAAAAGACAUUGUGUAGCAGUUGUAUUGAGUAAAUGACCUAAGGCUAAC